UUCUAUCCAAAUUUCCAUCCCUUCAUGAUACAAAAACAGGACAUUCUAUUAAAUUGACAGUGCAUCGAGACACCAACGGUGCAAUCAUAAGGACUCGCAGCGCUUCAAAUGCGAGCUGGCAGGAGAAUCGGAAUGUUCUGAACUCCUGUUUCACUGCCAGUGAAACAUACAGCCCGGAACCGUUGAAUCAUAGCGGUGGUCUGCAUGGAUGUAGCUCAGCUUCCCCGAGCUGACUUCAGACAAGUUUAGAUCGAAUCGACUAUGCCAUCCAAUUGCAAACACCAGACAGAAUUGCAACCUAUAAAUUCACGGAUUAUCAUGCCCGCCGGUAAAGCCAGAGAAAACGACACUCAAUUUAAGUCUUCCUUUUAUUAUCGAAGUUUUCAAUUCACUUCCCUUGAAAUUUCAUCUUUUUUUGUUUUGUGGUCGUCUUUUCAGGCAACACGGCACUUCACGACUGCGCCGAGUCAGGCAGUCUGGAGAUCAUGCGGAUGUUGCUGCAGUUCAGGGCAUCCAUGGAGCAAGACGGCUACGGUAUGACGCCCCUACUUUCCGCCAGCGUCACGGGUCACACCAACAUUGUCGACUACCUGACCGCGCACCACCAGACGAGCCACAAGGAGCGCAUCGACGCCCUUGAGCUCCUGGGGGCCACGUUUGUGGAUAAAAAGCGGGACCUGCUGGGAGCCUUGAAAUACUGGAAAAAAGCCAUGGACUUAAGAUACAUAGACAGCAACAGCGUGGUCCAUAAACCCGAACCCAAGCAGCUGAUCAUGGCAUACGACUAUGCCCGGGAGGUGACAAAUGGAGAGGAACUGGAUGGACUCAUCUCGGAUCCCGAUGAGAUGCGCAUGCAGGCCCUGCUCAUCCGCGAGCGAAUCUUGGGCCCACAGCAUCCGGACACGUCUUACUACAUCCGAUACCGUGGCGCCGUCUACGCCGACUCGGGCAACUUUGAGCGCUGCAUCAACCUGUGGAAGUACGCCCUGGAUAUGCAGCAGAGCAACCUGGACCCCCUGAGCCCCAUGACGGCGUCCAGCCUGCUGUCGUUCGCCGAGCUCUUCUCCUUCAUGCUGCAGGACCGUGCCAAGGGCCUACUGGGCACGUCCGUGUCCUUUGAGGACCUGAUGGGCAUCCUGUCCAAAAGCGUGCUGGAGAUCGACCGCGCCAUCAGCCAGAGGCGUUCGCUGCCGCCGGACCCCGCCCAGCUCAGCAAGGCACUGUCCAUCAUCCUGCACCUCAUCUGUCUAUUGGAGAAGGUGCCGUGCACUACGGAGCAGGACCACUUCAAAAAGGAGACAAUCUACAGGUUUCUGAAACUUCAGCCACGGGGCAAGAACGGCUUCAGUCCGCUCCACCUGGCUGCCGACCGCAACACCACCUGCGUGGGCCGCUACCCGGUCUGCAAAUUCCCCUCGCUCACCGUCACCGCCAUCCUGCUCGAGUGUGGCGCCGACGUCGACAGUCGAGAUGACGACCACAACAGCCCACUCCACAUAGCCGCGUCCAACGGCCACGCCGACAUCAUGAACAUGCUGGUGUCGGGCGGCGCUCACUUCGACAGCACCAACGCCUUCCAACAGACGGCCUGCGAGCUCCUGGACGAAAAGGAGCUCGCGCGCAACGUCGUUCAGCCCAUCAACCACACCACGCUGCAGUGCCUGGCCGCUCGUGUCAUCAUCAAGCAUGGCCUCCGCUACCAGGGGAACAUCCCGGAAAAACUGGAGGCCUUCGUGUUGCUCCACAGAUAAUGACUGGAAAUGGUUGCGUGGAAAACCAAAUGGCGGCUUGAACUCCAAAUCAAUGCAACAAACAGGAUUGGAUUCAUGACAUGGAUUUAUACUUUUUUUGUUUUGUUGUUUUUGGGGGGCUCCAGGAAAAAAAAAAUUGGCACACUAUUUAUUACUACAGAACAACACUUGAGAGAUUUUUCUCCAUGUUUUUGUUUUUGAUGGUGUUUUUUUUUUUUUUUGUUGUUGUUUGUUUUGUUUCAAUUUUUUAUUUUGCGGGGACUUUUCAGGUCUUUAAUUUUUUUUCCUCGUCCCAUCAUGGUUGUCAACGUUCUCAAUCAUGUUCGUUUUCUUUUUUUUUUUUUUUUUUUUACAAAGUUGGUGUGCAUUCUACAGAAGAAGCCAUUAAAAAAAGAAGCUUUACAUUUACAAGGCAAGGCUGGCUGGGGGUCGUGGGGGGGCGUGGGGGUCCGCUAACACCAAAAGUGCUUUAUUCAAUUCCUUCUAUGCACAGGCUAGGCUGUUGGAAAGUGACUGUUUUUCAUUUACUCGUCUGUGCAAUAUAUCUCAUUUGUUUACCUCAUCGCCACAGUCGGGACUCACAUUUUGUCCAAUCCCAAAAUGGCCGUCUUUCGAAGACAGCGUUCCAAGAUGGCCGCCGCCGCUGGUUUUUCGUUUCGCAACAGUGAAGCUUUGCGAAUGAUCAUGUCUGCACAUUCUCGCUUUUGUUUGUUUUUUUUUAAUUGGAUGUGUGGCUUUUGAAUGGCUGGACGAAGAAAAAAAGGGCUUUUUCAUCAUGUCACAGUGGAUAAUUUUUUCCCCACCCUGUUUUUCUUCAACCGGACAGUGUGAAAUGGGGGGGGGGAGGGAAUAUGAUGACUCAUGGGGGCAACUUGGUCUGAAUCAGCACUUUACUGAGGGCGGAGUUUAAGAUUGGACACAGCAUUAAUCCUGUUCGCAUCUUAAUGAAUCAGUUUGAAAAUAAACCCAUGUUGCACUUG